CGCCACCGCGGACCCGGAAGCACUUUCCCUCGGCAGGGACAGCCCAGCGGCGGGUGCGCGACGGCGCUUCUGCUUCAGCCGCAUCCCCAGCCUUGGCUUCGGUGCCUGCUGCUCCUUGUCUGCUCUACGGCCGCCCGCUGGCCGCCGCCCCGACGCCGCUGUCCUGCUGCUGCUUCGCCGCCGCCUCCUUCUCCUCAUGAAGCCAGUUGUUGUCUUCGUCCUCGGCGGGCCCGGGGCGGGCAAGGGGACACAGUGCGCUCGUAUUGUGGAGAAGUAUGGCUACACACACCUUUCUGCUGGUGACCUCCUUCGAGAUGAACGAAAAAGGCCAGGCUCGCAGUAUGGAGAACUCAUCGAGAACUACAUUAAGGAGGGGGAAAUUGUACCUGUUGAAAUAACAAUCAGCUUGCUGAAGAGGGCCAUGGAUGAAACAAUGGCUGCCAAUUCCCAGAAGAACAAGUUCUUGAUUGAUGGGUUUCCCAGGAAUGAAGACAAUCUUCAAGGCUGGAAGAAGACUAUGGAUGGGAAGGCGGAUGUUUCUUUUGUUCUCUUUUUUGAUUGUGACAACGAGAUAUGUAUUGGCCGCUGUCUUGAAAGAGGCAAGAGCAGUGGUAGGAGUGAUGAUAAUCGAGAGAGUCUGGAAAAGAGAAUUCAUACAUAUCUGCAGUCUACUAAGCCUAUAAUAGAUUUGUAUGAGAGAAUGGGAAAAGUCAGAAAAGUGGAUGCCUCUAAAUCUGUUGAUGAAGUUUUUGAAAAAGUUGUACAAAUUUUCGACAAAGAAGGCUAAUUCCCAGCUUGAAACUCAUUUACAUUUGUGCUUGAAUCUUGCUUGAAUAGCUGCUACUGCAGUCCACUCUUUGUAAUUGUUUUAAAAGGUUUUUUAAUUGUUUUUCACAUAUCUGAUGAUGAUCAGAAAAGCAGUUAAUACCAAACAGAUAUGUUUUUUAACUAGGAGAUGAUUUCUUGUGGCUAUAUAUAUAUGAACUUCAGGGUUCUUCGUUAGUACAAAUUCAGUUACAUGGCAAAAACACCGUUCAAACAUCUCUGAAGAGACUAUUCUGCCACUGUCCUGUGCCUGUUGUGGGCAGCCCUUCUUAUUCCUUAUUGCCAUACACUUAUAUAUUUUUAAGGAUCAAUCAAACAGCAGCAUUAAACAAUGAGGGACCUGUGUGCCCUUGUUUGGUUUUCGGACUCUUGGACCAAAUUUAGCAGAUUUUUUUUUUUCCAGAGUAUGAGUUUGUCACAAAGUUCCCUGUUUCCCUAAAUCUGAAUUCUGUAAGUCAAGCUACACUUAGCAUGAGAAUCUAUUUUAGUAGCUCUCACAAAUCUAUUUAAGCUGCUGUUCAGCAAUAGACACACAAAGUUCUUUAUGGAAAGUGGUGCUUUCUUGUGACUCUGGAUGUUAAACUGCCUUGCAAGUUCUUGACUACCUGAAAGACGUGGCCCCAGAUUUUUACCUUGUCUUCAUUUGCAGAAAGGUUAAGAAUGUAAUUUCAAAGUCAGAUCAGUAUUUGCAUACUCAUUUAUUUUAAAUGAUAGUUAUAUUCUUAAUUAGAGCAUGGCCUUCAGAAAAUGGCAAAACUCUUAAAUAGUGCACAAUGAGGAAAAUCUUCUUGUAAUUCUGUCUCCUGUGACAAGUGGAAGGGAUUUUCUGUAUUGUUAUUAUUAUUGAAAUACUGUGUUACUGAGUGCUUUAAGAUUUGUUACCAAGGGAAAUACUUCUAUGGUUAAACUAGUGAAUUUGUUUCUCUAAAAGUCUAUGACUUUAAUAACUGUCUGUUUGAAAAGAUUGUAAAUUACUGCACUUUUGUUAUGAUGUGUUCAGUUGAGGGGAAAGAUUCCUGCAAGAGGAAAAAAAAAAAGUUUGAUUCCUUUAAACAAAUUGGGACCUCCUUCAUCAUGCAGCCAAGUACAGUCAGCAGCAAUGGUUGGGAUAAGCAGAUAACUGUCUGAAACAAACUGGUUUAAAUGUUUGCACAGAUGUGGUGUAAUUCUGCCUUUUUGUUUAAAGUAACCUUUUUCUCUCCCCUGUACAAUGUGCGUGGGUCUGUGGGGGCCCAACUGUGCAUUCUUUGCAUGCCCUAAGCUUUCACUGAAGAAGGCCCCAGAAGGCUUGAAGAUGAGUGUUUUGACUAAUUUCAGUAAUAGAGUGGCUCUUCCUGCAUUAACUGACACUAACUGAUUCAUGAUACACACAUAGAUGUUGCAAAUUACAGGGAAUUGCAGUUUGAAAGCCUUGGGCUUCAGCUUUUCUUUACUGAUGACUUUAUUUUGGAAAAGGUUUAAAUUAAGCCCAGCUUCUAAUUAGAAUCAGACAUGUUGGUCCUCCUCCUGCAAUCUGAUCUGUGCAGGCAGAUUUGUGUUUGCCUGGAUUCUCAUCUAGCUGAAGUUCUUGAGUCUGCUGGACUGGGGAUGAGAGGGGUACAGGAACAAAAGUGUGAACUGCAGUUUCUUUUUCUGGUGUAGAAGGAGUUCAAACAAUAGACUGAGCACAAAUUGCAGUUUACUACAGCAGAACACAUGGACCAUGGCUUCUUCUGUGAGUUUGGCAGGUUAAUGUUUUCACUGUAUGAAUUUCCUUUACAGAAAAAUAGAACACAAAUCAUGGAAUUUAAUUCUAACUGCCUAAGUAUGCUGACAUAGGAUAGGAUCCCGCUAAACUCUCUGUUUUGAUAUGAAGGUUAGAAUCAGGGUUGGGUUUGUUGCCAAAAGACUUCAAACAGGAUUCUUGAACCUAAGUAGAGUGAUUCAGUUACCUUUUGUUUCUAAGUUACUGGUUUUUACAAGUUCUGCUCAGAGUAGAGUAUCUGUUUUCUCUCAUCAUAUACUUCUCUGUGUUAUACAAGUGCUGAAACAGAUUAAAAACAAACCUUUGGAGCAAGUUUUUUAGUAAAACCCAAUUGUUUUGGCAAUAUUGAGUUUGGAGUGGAUUGUAUUGUGUCUGUGCAAAGACUAGACUUUUUUUUUGGUCAUUUUAUUUAUUGAAGAUGCCAUUAAAUGUGUUAUCAAUACUUUCAGGUCAGGUUUAUGAUUGAAAUAAAGAUUAAAGGCAAUAUGCCAAUUCUUGUCUCUGUUUAGCAGCAAAAAAAUACAUGAAGAAUUUGAGGAGAUGCAAUAAACUUUGUUCUGUGGCUUAA